AUGGACGGAAACGAUUUCAGAUCCGCCAGCAGCGAUGCCUGCUCUGCGGAUCUCCGCAACGACCUCUCGAGUGUACACACACCUGAGCGUGGGACGUUGCAGACAGGAGCCAGGGCGGCAACCAGCCUGUCGCACGAGAGACAGGCGUCACCGAAACCUGUGUCGUCGUACAGAAGAGAAACUCCCCUAAAAGCGGCAUCUCCGUUGAGAAGAGAGCCUUGCGCAAAGUGCCAUCAACUGCAGCAGUUGAAAGAGACGGCCAGUAUGCUGUUCGAUACAUUAGAGAGGGAUAGCAGUCGGUCGAUGGCCAGCGACAGACACCGGUUACAGGAGACCAUGGAGCAGCUCCAGCCGAAAGCAGAUGCAAUCCGCAAGCUCGUCGAGGAGGCAGAGGAGAUGCGAGAACAUGCCAGAGACUGCCGAAGAAAACGCCAGCAGAAUCUUCAUCUCAUCGAGCGACUGAAAGAAGAAGACAAGGCAAUUGACAACGAACUUCAGGAGCUACCAGCGAAGCUGCAGAGUCUGGACGUCUUCCGGGAAGAAGAGAGAGCGUCUCUCGAAGCCGCCAGAGCAGAGUACAGACUUGUUCAAAAGCAAAAUGAAUACGCUUUACUCGCGUGGGAAGAAAAGAUUCGUGUCUACGAGAAGGCGCUUGGCAUUCGGAUUCAUCAGGACGACGCCGGCGGUCCCACGAUCAUUCGCUUUUCUGGCUUAUUCCCUGGAGCUUCGAAGCGCAGCGUUGCACCCGGAGAAGAAUCCGUUCAAGAAGAGAACGCGGACAAGGGCGAGUGUUUCUUUGCUUUCCAGCUCGACGCCCACGGCGCUGUCUCAGAUGCGCAUUGUUGGCCGCCUGUGGAUAUAUUCGAAGAUGUCAUGGAAGCGUUUGGCCGAGCCGAGAUUUCUCUCCCCAUCGUGGUUGCAUGUAUGCGACGAAGUUUCAAAGAAUGGCGGAAGCCCUGCGUUGCUCCCACCGCGCAGUCACGGUUGCCUAUGCGGCGGGAGCCGGCCUUGAGAGGAGUGGUAGAUAAACAGAAGGACAAUCCGGCCUUCUCAGACGACCGCCCGGUCACUAAAGCAGUUUCUUCGAGUCAGAGAGGAGCAACACCCCCGGAACGAACCUGGCAAACCGGUUCCUAUGUGGCUGGGAAUGACAGGCAGGUUACCGCGUUUACAGGGGCUCGGGUGCAGAAGCAGCCAGAGGCAAGGAAGAUGAAAGACGCAGCGGAUCGCACGUCUCUCUUUGUUUUCGGGUCGGGUAACAAAGAAUUCGAAACAGUCCAGCGAAGAUGGCAGAACUAGCAUGCACAUUAUAGUUAACAGGGACACCUUUUCGUGGGGGGCGUUCGGUCAACCAUCCUCUUACCAAAGAAACACCAGGUGUAUAGACAGCUUAUGCUUGGAACAGACAUCUCGUAAAACGAGUUUGCCGUCUUUUUACGCGACUGAAAGGAGGGGGAGAUGGGCUGAGAGAAGAACUGGGACGCAUCUAUGGUGCUGCACUGAAAC